CGAUCGCUUGCUGAGAUCAAGGAUGAUCUCAAGAUAAACUACCUACUCUACACCGUAGCCUGGCGCUACUUGUUCGUUUAAUAAUCCUUCUGGACAAGCACAUCAUCUCAGUCGACCUCCCAACGGGUUUGGGAAAAGGGUCGCGUGAGACGGUGUAUUUGCGCCAAUAAAGGCCGAGGGUCUGCGAAUUGGCCUGGCUUAUGCCCUGCGCGGUAGCAUUCACUAUCUCUCAGUUUCCUAUCAUUGGAUUUUUCGGGGGCGCUAUAGUCCGGCAGCCCUUUACUAGUGGCUAUCUAAUUCACGUCUCCUGAGGUUCUGACAGGGAAUACAGAUGGCAUGUGUUGGGCUAUUGUUCAUGCUGUAUCUGAAACAACAGUGAUUUUAAAGAAGAGCGGGGUCCGCCCAGUGGCAGCUUAGCUGCGCAAGAGGGCUUCAAUUUGUCUUGGUAAACGGCAAAGAAGUGUAUAUAAGCACAUACUAAACAACCAUGGCGCGUUUUGGGCUUGUCGCUGCGCUGGCAGGGAUAUUUCUCGGUGCUCUCGCUCUGCUUCAGCUGAUAUCAAUAGCCUGGGAAGGCCCGAAGUUGCCGCGUUUUGGAUAUGAUUCCCAUCGGGAAGGCAGAGAGAGCGGAUUUGCAUCUGAUGAUGGCGUAUUUUUGCUGGGCGCUGGAAAAGCGGAUAUCACAGGGCCAGUUGUCGAAGUUGAGUUCGGCGGUUAUGCGAUGUUGGAUCAGAUCGGGACUGGCCUUCGACAGAGGACGUACUCCCGUGCCUUCAUUGUUGCAAGCCCGGACAACCCAGAAGAUACUUUCAUCUAUGUCGUUUUGGACGCUUUAGCUGGUGACACAGCUGUACGGAAUGGGGUCUUGCAGGGCCUCGCAGACCUCGGCGGGGAAUAUGCUCGUUAUGGGGAGCGUAACUUGGCACUAACAGGGACGCACUCGCAUUCAGGACCAGGAGCUUGGUAUAAUUAUCUCCUACCUCAGAUCCCCAGUAAGGGUUUCAACAAAGAAAGCUAUCAAGCGCUUGUAGAUGGCGCACUAUUGUCCAUCCAACGAGCACAUGAGACUUUAACCACAGGAAGGCUGUCGUUUGGAUCCAUUGACCUGGAAGAUAGUAACAUCAACAGGAGCCCUUAUUCUUAUCUGGCUAACCCGGAGGAAGAGAGAGCCCGCUAUUCAGCUAACGUGGAUAAGACGAUGACUCUUCUGAGAUUUGACCGAGAAUCAGACAAUAAGACCACUGCUGUUCUGACGUUCUUUCCUGUGCACGGGACAUCUAUGUACAACAACAACACUCUGGCUACGGGAGACAACAAGGGAGUUGCCGCAUGGCUCUUCGAGAGAAGUGUUCGAAAAGACGCAAGGUUUGCGGAUGGCUUCGUUGCUGGGUUCUCCCAAUCGAAUGUGGGUGAUACAUCGCCCAAUAUUCUGGGAGCAUGGUGUGAAGAUGGUUCGGGUCUCCCGUGUCGAUUCGAAGAUAGUACUUGUGGCGGCAAAACGGAACAGUGUCAUGGACGUGGACCAUUCUUCCGUGAAAAGGACGAAGGCGCGAAAAGUUGUUUCGAGAUUGGACGACGACAAUACGCAGCUGCCAAGGAACUCUACCAGCAGUUGGAUUCGAAUCCAACUCGAAUUCUCGGUAGCUCUGCUGUUUCCUCCUUUCACGUCUACCAGGACAUGGCAGGCUACACGUUCCCGUCGCCGUUCAACUCUAGUAUACUCAAGACGUGUUCUGCGGCCCUGGGGUUCUCUUUUGCUGGGGGCACGACUGACGGACCGGGCGCAUUCGAUUUUACCCAAAACAAUACUGGUCCAGCGGAGAAGAACCCCCUGUGGUACAUUGCCCGUGGCGCAAUCCAUCAGCCGUCAAAAGAACAGCAAGAAUGCCAAGCACCUAAGGACAUCCUCCUAGAUGUAGGAGACAUUAGCGAGCCUUAUGCAUGGACUCCGAACAUUGUUGAUAUUCAAGUGCUCCGUGUCGGGCAACUUUUUAUCAUCGUCUCUGCGAGUGAGGCGACGACGAUGUCCGGUCGUCGGUGGAAGGAAGCUAUUGCCAACAGUUCGAAAACCAUCCUUUCAGUUACUGACCCCCUGGUGGUACUUGGAGCUCCGGCCAAUUCUUAUGCUCAUUACGUCGCAACGGAAGAGGAAUACGGCGUACAACGUUACGAGGGUGCAUCUACCCUCUACGGGCCGAAUGAGCUUGCAGCGUAUAUCAAUCUAACAUUGACGUACCUUCCAUACCUGGGCAGCUUUUCUGAAGUGUCAUCGCUACCAGCGAUUCUUCCAGGGCCCAGUCCGCCUGUCAACACGAACCGCUCCCUUAGCUUUAUCACUCCAGUGGUCUAUGAUAGUGCUCCAAUUGGAAAGUCCUUUGGUGACGUCGUUUCCUCGCCUUCAUCGGAUGUGACAUACGGUCCAGGGGAUAUUGUUAAUGCAACGUUUGUCGGCGCCAAUCCGCGGAACAAUUUGCGCCUGGAAUCCACCUUUGCAGCUGUCGAAAUCAAGGAUCCCGCCACUGGUUCGUGGCAUGUGGUGCGCGAUGAUAGCGACUGGAACUUGCUGUAUCGGUGGGAGCGAACCAGCACUGUUUUUGGAACCAGCGAAGUUACCUUGGAGUGGCAGAUCGAAGACGACUACUACAGUGUCGACAGUCCGCAGGUCUUGCAGAGCGGCACGUAUCGGAUGCAUUACUACGGUGAUGCAAAGAAUGCUGCCGGUAAGAUUCGGUCAUUUGAAGGAAUCAGUGGCACUUUUGUGGUGUCCACCAGAUCUUAGCUUUGUGAUUUGGUACUAUUUACAAGCGUGCUAUAUGGAUGAUAUAUACGAGACAUUGUUUUUAUUUGCUCUAUCAUUCGUUAUAUAUUGGCUUGGGCGUCCCAUCAGAACAACUUAUGGACCUAUAUUCACGAGAUACCUAUUUGGCUACCUGGUUGGAGAA